UUGAGGGCAAAGAGGUUAGGGAGCCGGCAUGGCGCUCCGGUCAAUAAAAUCGAUAGCUGGAAGCUGCCUGUGUUUCAGGCAAAGGCGGUGCAGUAGCGGCGCCGCCAUUUUCCCCGAAGGCAUCUUCCGGUGCCUUUCACCCAAGUUCGGGCAGGAGUUUCCUGAAUAACAGCGAAAGGUUUCCGUUAGCCCCGCCGGCGGCCGAUUCCUGUUCCCUCCUGAUCUCCCCAGGCACGCUCCGCCCGGUUCCGGCUUGGGCUCCCAAAUCCCGGGGCCCGCCAGCGCCCAGCGGCCAAGGCCGGGACCGGGAAAGCCGUGGCGCCGGCUUGUCGGGUCCAAUGGCGCGGCCUUCGGCUCCGCUCCCUGCGCGGGGACCAGGAGAGGCCGGACCCGGCCGGAGAAGGGGAAGGAGGCCGAGGGCGGUGAAGUUCGGGGACGUGGCCGUGUACUUCUCCCCGGAGGAGUGGGAGUGUCUGCGGCCCGCGCAGAGGGCCCUGUACCGGGACGUGAUGCAGGAGACCUACGGCCACCUGGGCGCGCUCGGGUGCGCAGGUCCCAAACCAGCCCUCAUCUCCUGGUUGGAACGAAAUACCAAUGAUUGGGAACCGGCUGCUCUGGAUCCACAGGAGUGCCCAAGGGGGGUAACAGUCCAAAGAAAAACCAGAACCAGAAAGAAGAAUGAAGAGAAGGAAGUAUUCCCGCCUAAGGAGGCACCCCGAAAGGGGAAGCGAGGCCGCCGGCCCAGCAAACCCCGCCUGAUCCCCAGGCAGACAUCCGGAGGUCCCAUCUGCCCUGACUGUGGUUGUACCUUUCCCGAUCACCCGGCCCUGCAGAGCCACAAGUGUGCCCAGAAUCUGAAAAAGCCUUACCCUUGCCCAGACUGUGGGCGCCGCUUUUCCUACCCGUCCCUGCUGGUCAGUCACCGGCGGGCACACUCUGGGGAGUGUCCCUACGUUUGUGACCAGUGUGGCAAGCGGUUCUCCCAGCGCAAGAAUCUCUCCCAGCACCAGGUUAUCCACACAGGCGAGAAGCCCUACCAUUGUCCUGACUGUGGCCGCUGCUUCCGGAGGAGCAGGUCCUUGGCCAAUCACCGGACCACACACACGGGUGAAAAACCCCACCAGUGCCCCAGCUGCGGGCGUCGCUUCGCCUACCCCUCCCUGCUCGCCAUCCACCAGCGCACACACACCGGAGAGAAGCCCUAUACCUGCCUGGAAUGCAGCCGGCGCUUCCGCCAGCGCACUGCCCUGGUCAUCCACCAGCGCAUCCACACGGGCGAGAAGCCCUACCCGUGCCCGGACUGCGAGCGGCGCUUCUCUUCCUCCUCUCGCCUGGUCAGUCACCGGCGGGUGCACUCCGGAGAGCGUCCCUAUGCCUGCGAGCACUGCGAGGCCCGCUUCUCCCAGCGCAGCACGCUGCUCCAGCACCAGCUCUUGCACACGGGAGAGAAGCCCUAUCCCUGCCCGGACUGCGGACGUGCCUUCCGGCGGAGCGGUUCCCUCGCCAUACACCGCAGCACACACACCGAGGAGAAACUGCACGCGUGUGAUGACUGUGGCCGCCGCUUUGCCUACCCCUCACUGCUGGCCAGUCACCGGCGCGUCCACUCGGGUGAGCGGCCCUAUGCCUGCGACCUGUGCUCCAAGCGGUUCGCCCAGUGGAGCCACCUGGCUCAGCACCAGCUCCUGCACACUGGGGAGAAGCCCUUCCCCUGCCUCGAGUGUGGCCGUUGCUUCCGCCAGAGGUGGUCUCUGGCCGUCCACAAGUGUAGCCCCAGGGUCCAGAACUGUAGCCCUAGAUCUGCUAUAGGGGCGCCUAGCCAGAAAGGCAACAGGGCCCUGAACCGGGACGUGACGCGGGAGACCUAUGGCUUCCUCGGCGCGCUCGGUGAGGCCCGGCGGCCCAGCCAGGACCCAGUGGAAAGAGAGGUGGAGGCGUGGAGCCCAGAGGCCCAGGAUCCAGAUCUCUGCAGCUGGUUUGGCCAGGUGUGUGCAUCUUCCCGCAGGGGCCAGAGACCGGCUUGCGGAUCCCGCUGCCGGGAGGCGGAGAGGCAGACCAUCGAGUUCGAAGUCCCGAGCUCCACAAACGCCGAGAUCGUUGGUGAGUUCCAGAUCCCGCCUACAGAGACUUCCGGGCGAAAACGCCCCGCCAGUCCCGCCUCGCGGCACAGCCGCUUCCUGCUGUCGCGGCCAAUCACCGGCGUGCAACGCGGCCUGCGGGAAAUCCCGAAUCCCAAACAGCCAACCCUGCUACUUCGGUUCCCUCGGCUGAGUUCGGAGGCCAAGACUGGGCGGGGCCCCGGGCUCGGGAGCCCUUCCUGUGAACGACUAGUGCUGAGGCCAGACGAGGGGAGCAUGCGGCCGCUGCUCCGGGCUGAAGGCCCCAUGGCGCCGCCCUCGGCCCCGCUCCUGGUGCUGAGACCGGGGGAGACUGCACCUGGUUGCGAGAAGCCUACGGCCGUGAGCUUCGCGGAUGUGGCCGUGUACUUCUCCCCGGAGGAGUGGGGGUGUCUGCGGCCCGCGCAGAGGGCCCUGUACCGGGACGUGAUGCGGGAGACCUACGGCCACCUGGACGCUCUCGGAUUCCCAGGCCCCAAACCAGCCCUCAUCUCUUGGAUGGAACAGGAGAGUGAGGCUUGGAGCCCCGCCGCCCAGGAUCCUGAGGAGGGGGAAAGCCUGGGAGGAGCUCUGAGAGGAGAUGCCCCAAACAAAAAGGAAGAGGAACCCGAGACAGGGCCAGGAGCCAAAGGAUCCCAAAAGACUCCUACAAAGGAGAGGCCUGAAGAGCUGGUUAAAAACAACCUUGACUCAACCAUCAGCAAAACCUCGGCAAGUGCAGAGCCACCCAGGAAAGCUGCCUGUGACCAGAGCGCAGGUGCGCAGCCCCCGGUCCUGGUGCCCAGCGUAGAUGCUCAGGCCAGCCAGCGGCGCCACGUGUGUGCAGACUGCGGCCGCCGCUUCACCUAUCCCUCGCUGCUGGUCAGCCACCGGCGCAUGCAUUCGGGUGAGCGGCCCUUCCCCUGCCCCGAGUGUGGCAUGCGUUUCAAGAGGAAGUUUGCCGUGGAAGCGCACCAGUGGAUCCACCGCUCCUGCUCUGGGGGCCGGCGGGGCCGGAGGCCCGGAAUCCGGGCUGUGCCUCGGGCCCCAGUCCGAGGUGACCGGGACCCGCCGGUGCUGUUCCGGCACUACCCGGACAUCUUUAAAGAGUGCGGGUGAGCGGCUCUCAUUGGCUGGGCUUGAGCCUGACCUCAGCGCUAAGGACAAACUGGGCCCUGAGGGAGGCUCCUGAGUCAGGGAUUUGGGACCCAAAAUUCAUCCCUUGGUUUUCCCUCAAGGAUCCCUCGAGUUUCCAAACUUGUAAAAAUAAAAGUGCCUGUAAAGAUUUAAAGAGAUUAAACUUGACACCUCCUCUCCCUAGUUUUUCUAAAAAAAUGAAGAGAGUGAGAUGCUGGACUUUUCUCAAAGUGUUAUCUCAGUAGCAGGUACAACCAAGAUCAUGUGCAAACAGUGUCUCCAAAAAAAAUCCCCACUGCUUAUCUGCAGCAGAGGUAAAUGCUAUGGGGGACUAAGGCCGAGGAGGAGGCCUCAGAUGUAGGGCAUGGUCUAGCCCCGGGUAAAUGACACCAACAGGAGGCUCAGGCAGUGAAGUGGGUGGAAAGAAUACAGAAGCACCGGGUGCAGACCUAGUCUCUGCAACUUGCCCCCAAGGCGUAGCUGGUAAGUCACAUGCUUUCCCUGAGCCUCAGCUCCUUCAUCUGUAAAAUGAGGAUCAAUAAUAUCUACCUCAAAGGGUUAGUGUGAAGACUGAAAUUGUAACAAGAUAAUCUGUAUGACACAGUAAAUGUGCAAUAAACAUUUGUU